UCUCGAUGCGCCCGCUGGAGGGUUGUGGCCACUGGAACCAGCCAGCUGCGGAAUGUGAAGGCCUAAGGUCGGACCUGUCCUAUGUGCUGAUGGUGACACGAUGCUGUCGGUCUAGCUGGUGGGCCUGGAGAUCGUACUUUCGACGGACAAAUUCACCGCUUCAACAACACCCAGCGAGGGCACCGCUAGUGGCUAAGAAAAUUUCACCCGAAGACUUUCCAAACAACAAAACAGCAUCAGCAGUUGCUGUCUUUCUAAAGUUGCUGCUUGUCCUUCUAUUUUGCCCAAUCGUGGAUUAUUGGUCGCGGCGUAAUUGUAAUUGCUCGUGCCGCCUCCGGAGAGUGACGCCGUCGUACCAAACGCACCUGACGGUGUCGGCGCCAGCAGUAACGCGGCUUGCCCGUUCGAAAACAUGA